AUGGACAAAUGCUUUUGUAAUCCCAACAAUAAAAUUUGGCUUUUCUGGGAUGAUGUAUAUGAUGUCAACGUUCUAUUUAGUGAUGAUCAAUAUGUUUCUGCUUGCGUUAAAGGUGUUUGUGGAAUUGAUAAGGUAAUUUUUACCGCUGUUUAUGCCAAAUGUAACAGUGAGGAAAGAAAGGACCUUUGGGAAGCUAUUGACACUCUCUCUUCAAGUGUGGACUGUCCAUGGGCAGUUUUUGGAGACUUUAAUGUUAUUACCAAUGCUGAGGAGAAAAAAGGAGGCAGACCUUUCAAUAUUUCCAACAGUUUAGAUUUCUUGAACUGUAUAGAGGACUCUGGUUUACAAGAUGCUGGUUUUCUUGGCGAUCCAUUCACUUGGUGUGAUAACAAAGGUCAUAGAGCCAUUUGGAAAAGACUAGAUAGGGUCUUGAUCAAUGCUGAGUGGAAUUCUAAUCCUAUUAAGUUCUUUAAGUUCUUGAAUUUUUGGGUUGAACAUAAUGAAUUUCUCACUGUUGUUCAACAAGCUUGGGAAGAGAACAUCUAUGGAAAUCCCUUGUGGAUUCUUCACCAGAAAUUGAAGAAGACUUGCAAGGCCCUUAGUGUUUGGUCCAGGGUAACUUUUGGUGACAUUUUUGAAGAAGUGGACAGGAUGGAGGAUAAAAUUUCAUAA